AUGGCUCAGAGAUUAACCUAUAGACGUCGACUGAGCUAUAACACCCGUAGCAAUCGGGUGAGAGCUACUAAAACACCUGGUGGUAAAUUAACUUGGCUGUAUGAAAAGAAGCCAGCUAAAGGUCCUCAUUGCGGUGAUUGUGGUAUCAGACUCGCCGGGAUUCCUGCAUUGAGACCACGACAAUACGCUAAAAUUUCUAAACGUCAAAAAAACAGUUCAAAGAGCUUACGGUGGUAG